AUGGCAACUUUUGCAAGCAACAACUUUUCAUAUACGGCGUACGCCUCAUUUCGCCCAGAAUACCCUCAGAAGCUGUAUGACAUGAUAUUUUCGUACCAUCAGGGGGAAUACAACACGUGUGUGGAUCUUGGAUGCGGCCAUGGCCUGGUUUCCCGUGCCCUCGCCCCGAAAUUUAAGAAAGUCCACGGCAUCGACCCAUCGGCCGGCAUGAUAGAGCAGGCGAAGAACCUAACACAGGAACAGAAUGUUGAAUUUGUUCAAGCAGCUGCCGAGUCUCUUCCGUUCAUCGAAGAUAACAGCGUGGACAUGGUUGUGGCCGGAGUGGCUGCCCACUGGUUCAGCUACCAGCCUCUCUUCGCAGAGUUACAGCGGGUGAUGAAACCCGGCGGCACGCUUGCAUUCUGGGGAUACUCAGAUCAUUUUCUUGUGGACUAUCCCAAGGGCAACGCGGUAAUGGAAAAUUACUGCUACGGCUCGGACAAAGACAGCCUUGCCUCUUACUGGAUACAGCCUGGCAGCUCGAUCAUGCGGGAGAAACUACGUGCUAUACAGCCGCCGACGCAUGAAUGGGCGGAUGUUCAGCGAAUCGAAUACCAGCCAGGCCUUAAUGGCCCUGAUUCUGGCGAGGGGACAAAAUUCAUGGAAGCUGAGAUGACGCUUCGCCAGGCGACUGAGUAUACUCGUACAUGGAGCGCAUAUCAACGUUGGAAAGACGAUCAUCCGAACCAAGUUCGACGGAGUGAGGGCGGAACUGGAGAUAUUGCAGAUCAAAUGUUGGAAAGCAUUAUCAAGGCGGAGGAUAGUCUACGAGACACCCCGUCUCCAGAGGAUACGGUCGUAAAGAUUGAAUGGCUCAGCGCUCUGAUCUUGGGACGAAAGCUGUGA